AUCCUCCCUACAGAAAGUAAAUUUCUCUUAUCAUGGGUAACAUAACCAAGGGAGCCAAUACACCCAAAACUGACUCCAAUCCUUUCAUUUACACACUUUCUUCCUUGGGGCAGAAGGCAUUUAAUCCACUGCAGGCAAAAUUAUAUGAAGCCAUAAUGAAAGAUGAUAGCACCAAUGUUAAAGCUUUACUAGCAUACCAUCCUGUCAAUGAACCGAUAACUGUUUGGGAUAACCUUAUGCGCAGCAGACCACUGUCAGCCCAGGACCAGCCUAUACUUCCAAUUCAUUUAGCUGCCAAAUACAGAAAAAAAAAGAGUUUGCAGUGUUUAUUAGAAGCUGGUGCUGAUCCAAAAAUAAGAGAUAACAGAGGUUACACAGCACUCCAUCUCCUCCUGCUCCACUGGCCAAAUAUUUAUUCAGCAGGGACAGCCAUCCUAGACAGACUUCAGAGAAACCUAGCAACUACACAAAGUAAUGCAGAAAAGUGUCUCCGUAUCUUGUGUGAAAAGGGAGCCGAGAUAAAUCAUGAAAUGGGAAGUUAUUACAAACACAGCCCUCUACAUUUAGCCCUAUACUCUGGAGCCUCACAAGCUAUAUCCAUUCUUACAGAGAAUGGGGCUAACAUAAAUGAGACAGAUGAGUCUGGCAAGACAGCUCUUCACACAGCUGCAGAGUUACUAAACAAAGAGGUAACGGAAACUUUAAUCAACUGUGGAGCAAACAUAAAUUGCACUGUUCCAACUUAUGGAAAAACUGCCCUUCAACUUGCAGUGUGCACUGCAUCAUCCAAAGCAGGCACAGUUUUAGCUGUUGAUAUAGACUGCAUCCGUUUACUAUUAAUUAAGGGAGCCAAAGUAAAUACCCAGGAUUGUGAAGGACGCACAGUUAUUCAUGAUGCUUGUUCAGGAGGCAGAAAAGAAAUAGUUGAUCUCUUGCUAGAUUAUAAAGCAGAUGUUAACUGUUUAACAAGUCAUGGGCAAUCUCCACUUUUUCUGUUUCUUCAGCAUAAGUCAAAUAUGAAACGUGUACCACUGUUAAACAAGUUGUUAAACCUCUCAUAUCCUUUGAAAUUAACCAAUAAUCAUGGAGAUCUACCCACUGGACUUCUGUUUCCAGAAUAUCAACAGGAAAAAGAAUUUCUUGUAAGAUUGUCAAAAACUAUGUUGUCCCUACAGGACAUCUGCAAAAUCACUGUCAGAAGAAUAUACGGGGAGAAAAACAAACAUUACUUGAAAAACCAACUCCCAGUAUCCAUGUGGAACUCUUUGUACACUUACCAGGACUUCACACAACGUUAGCAAAUGAAACCCAUGAUUUAACUGUCACAAAGUUCAAAAGUUCUGAAAUAUUUUGUUCAAUAUU